AUGUUGAUGUUAUAUCCUUGUUAUCGACGGACUAUAGGGAAUUUUCUAAUUCGCGACAAUGGUGACAAAGUCAUGGUUGAUAGCCUAAGGAGGAAAUAUGUCAUGAUCUUUUGCUUCUUUCUUCCUAUAGAACCUCAAAGUCCGGUAGACAACCACUGUUGGGCUAUAAAAGCUGCAUUCUCCGAGUGGUUCGACUCUGGUAGAGACGACAUUCAGAUGGUUUUGGUGGCUAAGAUGAAACGUGAAUGGGUUGACAACGAAACUGUUUUUAUAAAUUUCCUCUCUUCGUUCCCUAAUUGCCUUGCAAUCCCUUUUUGUGACUCGAAGUCUCGUGAUUAUGUUUGUAAGUCUAUUGGCUUAACAGGGCUUAAUGUACAUUAUGACCCUAGUGUCAUUGUUGCAGACCCUCAUCAAAGGGUUUUGCAAGAAAGUUCUUAUUUUCUAGAGUUGUAUGGUGCUGAUUCUUUUCCUUUUACGAAUGAGAGGCUCGAAACCCUUUAUGAAGAAGCACAUAGACCUUUGUUGCCCAUUGAAGAAAUCUUGAGGUGCAAACCCUCUGAUAUUUUAGUCAGCAACUCUUGUAAAAACAGGACAAUUUGUGUAUCAGACCUUAAGAAAAAAUUGGUUGGAUUGUACUUGUGUCGAGAUGGGGAUUUCAUGGGGGAACUCCAUGAGGUGUAUGAGCUAUGUCAUUGUAAGCAAGGUUACGAGUUAGAGAUAGUAUUGAUACACCAACCCGACGAGGAACCACGACAGUUUAUAGAGUAUGUAAAUGCUGAUUUAGUACAGAGGGGGAUAACAUCUUGGUGGGUGUUACCUUUCAAGGAUAGUGUAAGCCAUUGGUUGAGCCGACUUAGCGAAACUCACUCCAUGGAUACUUUGAUCAUUUUAGACCCAACUAGUGGUAAAUAUGUGAAUCCUUAUGGAGAAACUGUAAUAAGAAAUUUCGGCUUUGAUGGAUAUCCUUUCACUAUCGCGAAUAUGAUUGAGAAAGAGACUGCAAGGCUUAGGGAGUUAACCUUGGAGUCAUUGUUAGUGUUGUCUAAGGAGCAAAACUACGUUUGUACUAAUGAUGGUACGCGUGUGAGUGUGGCAGAGCUUCGCGGUAGGAAUGUACUGCUUUACCUUGAAUGGACAGAUAAUUGUAUGGACGAUCACAUGGACAUAUCAUAUAAUUGGAUUAAAGGUUUGUACCAUGAAAUUAAGGAGAAGAAGAUCCUAAUUUUGAAGUAG